GUGUUGUGAUUGUUGUGUCCAUUUUGUUGUAGGGAACUUGGAAUAAGGACAGCAAAAUCCGCUGAAGACGAUCCCGAGAACUUCAAAGUUAUGGCUAAUUUAAUGUUCGAUACAAAGGCGGUCCCGAACAUGAAUGCAAUGAACCCUUUCACAGAGGAAUGCACUCUUCGAACCAAUCCUGUGCAGGCAUUCCCUCAGGAGCUCUUCUUCCUGCUCCGCACGACACAGUUGCUGAGAGGUCUGACGGCUGGUAUGGCGGUAGAGUGGUCCAUCGUCGACAAUUGGUGCCCUCUGGCGAAGCAGGUUUUGUUGCAGGGCUAAGAUGAUGUCUAAUUGUUGAUGGAGUGCAGCUCCCCACCAAUAGAUGGAGUGGAAUUAGAAAAAAAAGAAAAAAGAAAAAAAAAGAUGUCUAAUUAUUGAUGAACAGUUUUCUGGUCAGGGAAGCCCAUCUAGACUGCUGAUCAACGGGUCGCGACAGCCAUGCAGAUCCCUGAUCAGCGGUCGCAGUCCACAAAUGGUGGGGAGAGCGGGGAAGGGAGGGCAGGAGGCCGUCGACGGUUUUUCAUCUACUUGUUCAAAACAAGGAGAUGCGACAGAUCACCAGAGAUGCGACGGAUCACGAGAGAUGCGACGAAUCAUCCGACUACGACUCCUCUAAAAAAUUCUCUUUGGCGUAUUAUGUGACCUGGGCAACAAAGGAUUGAUUGACAAAAAAGUUCUGAAACGGCAGCUUAGCUAAGAGUGGACGAUCCGAGAAUCGCCACCAACGGAACGCCGAAAGAUCGCCGGAGUUUCACCGAAGGAUCACCGUAGGAUCAGCAGACAGAACUCCGGCCAAUAACUCU